GUAAGCGCGCUCCCAGCCUCCCGGGGCAUGGCCGUCCGGGCAGGGGCCGCGGUCGCCGGCGCCGCCGUAGUGGCGGUGCUUUCGGCCGCGUUGGCGCUCUACGGGCCGCCGCUGGAUGCAGGUCUGUCUCUGAGUCUCAGUUUCCUCGUCUAAAAGAAGGAUAAGCUGGCUUCUGGUGAAGAGUGAACCACGAUGCCUUUAAUUCAUCAGACAUUUACUGAGUGGCUUAUUUUGUGCCAGACUCUGUCCAAGGUGGUUGAGGGUGGAGUCCAGCCCUUAAGUCACAGUGUUAAAAAGAGCAUUUUCGCUGCAUAAAGCAUACUCAGUAAAGGACAUGGAAAAUACCUUACAGCUGGUGAGAAACGUGGUACCUUCUCUAACCACCAAGAAGUACAAAGGGCAGGAUGGAAGGAUCGGCGUGGUGGGAGGCUGCCGGGAGUACACUGGAGCCCCCUAUUUUGCAGCAAUCUCAGCUCUCAAAGUGGCCUCACACAAGCGGUGGACACCUCUUCACCGUGGCCACUGCCCAGGCAUUUUGAUCUCGCGCAUCCCGAGGACCUGGUGGCCCGGGGAUCUGAAGGUGGACCCUGCAGCCCACAGACCUCAUGGGGACGCCGUCUGGCUGCUGGUGACCUGCCCCUUGUUCGGCCGCUCAGUCACGUCCGGCUCUUUACGACCCUGGACUGCAGCCCACCAGGCUCCUCGUGGGCGGCAACAGUGUCCGCCUUUCACUCCAGGCCUUUCCCAGGCUCUGCUGCUGGCCAGGGCCUUCUCAGCCGCCUCCUGGCGAGGUCGAACUGCGGCGGGCGCGGACCUGUCCCACGUGUUCUGCACCCAGGAGGCUGCGCCCGUGAUCAAGUCCUACAGCCCGGAGCUGAUCGUGCACCCCGUUCUAGACAGCCCUGACGCUGUCCGCGACGUGGAGCAGUGGCUGCCCCGACUGCACGCCCUGGUGGUGGGGCCCGGCCUCGGCAGAGACGACGUUCUUCUGGAGAACGUCAAGGGCAUUCUAGAAGCGUCCAAGGCCAGGGGCAUCCCCAUGGUCAUCGAUGCGGAUGGGCUCUGGCUCAUCGCCCAGCAGCCGGCACUCAUCCAGGGCUACCGGAAGGCGGUCCUCACCCCCAACCAUGUGGAGUUCGGCAGACUGUCCGAGGCUGUGCUGGGGGCGCCUCUGGAUGGCGGGGACCGUCAUGGAGCUGUGCUGAGACUCAGCCAGGCCCUGGGCAACGUCACCGUGCUGCAGAAGGGGGAGCAGGACGUGAUCUCUGACGGCGAGCAGGUGCUUGUGUGCAGCCAGGAGGGCAGUGGCCGCAGGUGUGGGGGGCAAGGGGACCUCCUGUCGGGCUCCCUGGGCGUCCUGGCGCACUGGGCCCUCCGCGCGGGCCCUGAGAAGACUGGCGGGCCCAGCCCGCUGCUUGUGGCCGCCUUCGGCGCCUGCACCCUCACCCGGCAGUGCAGCCAGCAGGCCUUCCAGAAGCACGGACGCGCCACCACCACCUCCGACAUGGUGGCCGAGGUCGGGCCCGCCUUCCGCAGGCUCUUCGAGGCCUGAGCCGGAGCCUCUGGAGGCCGGGUGCUGUCCGCCCAGGUCCCCCGAGAGGUCUGCGCUCUGCAGGUUGACACGACGACAGUUUGGAGCAUAGCGCUUUGUGCCGAAACUGAUAUGGAACGGUGUUGGUGAACUUUCCUCAGCCUCUGCAGCGUCAGAAAACAACACAGAGAAUUGCGUGACAAGACAGUCUGACGGCAGCUCAGCCAGGCUGUGGGCUCUGCUGCUGCCUGGAGUGGACCCCGCGUCUGAGCGUCGUGUUCCUUCGAGAAGGGCCCUCGCUACUGGGCCCCUCGGGGGUCCCGUCUCUCGUUCCCAAGAGUCUGUCAAUCAUGUUUUCAAGUUGAGGUCCCGCAGAGGCCGUGGUGUUCAUUCUGUAGCUCAUUUUUACGUUUUAAACGGUAAUUAGGUCGGACACAUCUGGGCAGAAAUAUCCAGCAUCAGUUGGUUAGGCUGAAGUAUUCCGGAAAAGUCAGCGAUCUGUCAGCACUGGAGAUCCUUCGUGCAGGCCCCUGGGAAACCACUGAACGCACUGACACACCCCGGCCCCUGAGUGUGCAGGGCGGCUCUGGGACACCUCACUUUCACGUGUACGUGCAAAGGCGUGUGUGGUGACGGGCCCCCCUGGGGAGGGGCGCCCAGGGCUCCCAGGUCAGGUCCCAGGUGGGGCCCAAGCUGCCCUCCACCUGCUGGUGGGCAGGACAGCGGGGCCUCUGCCUCGGGGCGGGGUCGGGGGUGGUGCUCUCAGGAACGUUCUGGAGACGUCUCUGCACUGAGUUUUCUCGCCGGCUUCGGGUCCGCCUGCGUGGCCCGUGCUCAGUGGCCCGUCUCGUUUCUCCGGGGGGUCAGUCCCCGCGCGUGCCCUUGAGUGCACCAGCCACACGCUUUCUGGGGGGCAGGCCUGAUCUGUGUCCGCUGUCCUCAGCGAUCCCCGCUCUGUGGUUGCACAGAAGAUCCCGCUUGCUUUGUAAAGUUGUGGAUCACUUACAUCUAAUCCUAGAAAAGCUUCACUACUGUCACAGACCUUUCUUCCUUUGGGGAAUUACACCUAAAUCAUGGUCGUUAUUAAAAGGCAGACGUGGUUGAUUUCA